AUGUCUACUAGAAAUCCAUAUAAUGAAGAAAUAUAGAGAAAAUUAAUUGAAAUAGUAGAUACAUAUGGAGGAAAAAAGUGUAAAAGUUGGACUUAAGUUGCUCGUAUUUUUGAAUUAUAGACUGGAAUCAAAGUCUAAAAAACUUUUGAUUUAAAAAAAAAGUUAUUAAAUUUUGUUAUCAUAGAUGGGAAAUGUUUACUAAUUAUAAGGAAGAUUUAACAAAGAUUGAACUAAAAACUUUGUAUGCAACUGGAGUUAGAUGUAGAGGACAUCACAAAGCAGGAAAUGAAGAGUUUUUUAAAUAGACUGGUAAAAAGUAAAUAUUUAUUAAAUUAUUUAGAUUGUAUGUAAAUCAAUAUAGAAAAUUGGUUGGUAAUUUCUUAUUAUCUGCUAUUAAAUUAUUAAGUUAAUCUUAUGUUAAUCCAAAAAAAGUUAAAUGUAAAUAAUAAGGAUAAGAAAGAUUUCAUAAUAGAAUAGGUUAUGUCUCUAUUCAUAUUCUAUUAAGAGCUGUAGAAAUUAAUAAGUAUUUGGAUGACUAUAUGGUUUAAGAAUUGAAACAUUCAGCUUAAAAGUUUGAAUAAUUAUUAUUAAUACAUGCUGAACAUCAUGAAGAUGAAAGAAUUGCUAGAUUUUCAUAGUAUCAUAAAGUAAUUAACAGAAGAGAAUUUAAAAAGAUUUAAUUUUUUCUUGAUUAUGUUAAUGAAUUAAAAUAAAUUAGCAUCAAUUUAUAUACAGAAUAAAUAGGUAGACAUCCAUUAUUGUUUCCUUAAAUUGAUUAAAAUAAAUCAUCAAAGAUUUAUGAAUUAUUGAUUUGGGGAAAUGAUUGGUAAUCAAAAUACAACUUAUUUUAAGAGUGUGCAGCCAAAUCUGAUUGGGAAGAAUAUUCAAUGUUAAUUAAAAAAACAAAAAAAAAUGAAGAAAAUAAAUAAAUCAAAAAUAAAUAAUAAUAAUCUUCUGAAAUUAUUAAUGCAGAAACUAUAGAACCAGAAACUAAAAAAUUAAAAUUAAAUUCAUAUGAUUUAAUAUCUACAGCUACACAUAAGGUUUGUAAUAAUGCAUCAAAAUAACAAAUUAAAUAAUUAGAUAAAUAAGAAUUGAAAUCAUUUAGAGGUCAUUAUUAUAGAGAUGGAUAAAUUAGAACAAAAGGAUUAACUACAAUCUUAUUUGAUACAGAUAUGAGAUCAGAUGAGGAUGAUUAGGAUCAAUAUUAAAAUAUAGAAGAACAUAGAAAAGAGUUUUUUGAUAAAAUGGAAGAAAUAUAUGAUUGUGUCUUUGGAGGAAAGGCUAGUUUAGUCUCAUUUGAAAAGAGCUUACAACUUCCUAAUUGA